ACUGAGAUGGAGGCCCCACUCCCUGGUCUCUCCCUGCUUCUGGUCCUCCUGGCAGUGGGAUGGGGAAGCGGGGCGGUCACAGCCUGGGCAACAUCUCCCGGCGGCUGCGAGUUUGUGCAGAGCACCGCGGACUGCACUGGGAGAUGGCUGAGCUCCGUCCCAGGAAAUCUUCGAGGUGAUACCGAGGAGCUGUUGCUUGAUGACAACACUAUCCAGGUUCUGGGCAAUGCCUCUCUGCUCUCAUACCACCAGCUGCGGUGUCUUGGCUUGACCAAGAACCGGCUGGAGCUCAUCGAGCCAGGCGCCUUCCUGAGCAGCCAGGGCCUCCACGUGCUCUCCUUGGCAGACAACCUCCUUUUCACCAACUACUCGCUGACAGCAGCUGCUCUUUCUGCUCUGCCAGCCUUGAGGACGCUGGAUCUAUCUGGAAACAGGCUCACUGAGGACAUGGUAUCGGUUUUGGUCUGGAACCUGUCUUCCCUGGAGUCCUUGUCUGUGGCCAGGAACAUCAUCAUGAGGCUGGACUCAUCCGUCUUCACAAACCUGACACAGCUGUUGGAGCUGAACGUGGAGAAGAACUACAUCUUUGAGAUUGACCAAGCUUUUGAAGGGCUGCAGAGGCUGCAGAGGCUCAACAUAGCUUACAACUACCUCCCGUGUGUAGUGGAGUUCAGCCUGACCCAGCUCAGGGUGCUCAAUGUCAGCAACAACAUCAUUGAGUGGUUUCUGGCCCUAGAAAGUGAUGACCUCUUUGAGCUGGAGGUGUUGGACCUGUCCCACAACCGCCUCCUCUUCUUCCCUGUGUUGCCUCGACAGAGCAAGCUGCACUCCUUGCUGCUGAAGGACAACGAGAUGAGCUUCUACCAGCGCCUCCCCAACGGCACAUCCCUGGCAGACGUCACGGUGCAGUUCCUGCUCAUUGAUGGCAACUCCACCAACGUCACGACGGUCAGCCUCUGGGAUGAGAUCUGCCACAGCAACCUCUCCUCCCUGCGCCUCCUGGACAUGAGCCAGAACCAGGUCUGGUACCUGCCGGAGGGCUUCCUGGCCCAGAUGCCCUCCCUGACCCACUUGAAACUCAACCAGAACUGCCUAGAGAUGUUUCACCUGUCGGAGGGGGACCCCUUAGCCAUGCUGAUAGAGCUGGACCUCAGCCAGAACCAGCUGGCAGAGCUGGAGGCAGAGGUGCGCGCCGGGGACAUCCUGCCCAACCUGCAGCUCUUCAACCUCAGCACCAACAGGCUACAGGUGCUUCCUCCUGGGGUUUUCACCUACACCAGGAAGAUCGCUACCGUGGACCUCAGCUACAACCGGGUCGACCUCUGUCCCCAGCCAGCUGUCGCAGGCGAGGCAGGGAGUCCCCCCUGCGUGGACAUCAGGGGUGUCGAGAGCUUGACUCAUCUCUCCCUGGCCGGCUGUGGUCUGCGGGGACUGGGCGGCCACCCCUUCCAGGGCACGUCGCUGGUGCAUUUGGACCUUUCCGACAACCAUCAGGCACUGUCCGGGGACCUGGAGUGGCUGCAGGACCUUGCUCUGACGCUGCAGGUGUUGUCUCUGAGGAACACCAGCCUCUCCUCCACCGCAGUGGACUUCUCUGCCUUUAACAGCCUCAUGCGCUUGGACCUGUCGGGGAACUCCUUGACAGUCUUCCCCACCUCGCUGGGCGUCCUGAAACUGCGCAGCCUGGACCUGCGGGACAACUGCCUCCCGGUGCUCCCGCUGGAUGUCAUGCAGACGCCGCUGGGAAAGAGGCUGCGGGGCCCCUACAACUGCUGCACGCUGGGCUGGUGGGACGCCCUGCAGCGAGUCAAAGGGUUGCACAUCCCCGAUGGGCAGGAGGUGACCUGCAGCUACUCCUCCCGCACGCUGAGCCCCAGGGCGCUGCCCGAGCCUGUCCUGCGGAGCUGCCGCUGGCAGAUGGCCGACCUGGCACUCCUCUACCUGGUGCUGGCUCUGCCCACCUGCCUGACGCUCCUGGUGGCCUUCGCUGUCAUCUUCCUCAUGCUCAAGCAAAAGCUGCUGAAAAUGGUGAAAAGCCGGUGCGGAGUCUCCAACCCUUACUGA